AUCUUUCGUCUAAGUAGCCAGCAGCGGAUCCACGGUCAGGGAACGCCCAUGUCCUAUAUCCUCACGUCUUUUCUCGCUUCUUUCCUGCCUUCACAGAUCACCACCGCUAUCCUUCCUUAUCUCUCCGCCAAUCUUCCGGCCAUCUUCCCCCCAGCACCUAGGGGCUCGCCACGUUACUUGCAUAAUUACCGCCUUGCAUUUACUGGGGUCAUAUGCAUAUGGCAGGGCUACUCCUUCUUGAAGGAUGGUCUGGGCAAUGGCGAUGAUUGGUAUCGCUUGCUGAAUGUACAGGGAAAUGCUGAUGAAGAUGCACUCAAAAGUGCUUUCAGGACUCUUGCCAGGAAGCACCAUCCAGACAGGGCUGGCAAGGACAACGACGAUCACUUCAUCCUAGCUCGCAAAGCAUAUGAAACGCUUUCUGAUCCGGUGAAGCGAUACGCAUAUGAUAGAUUUGGUCCUAAGAUCUUACAAUGGAAAGCCGCAUCGGUCAGGGAGUACAUCCUUUUUGGUCUCCAGAACUCAAUAGGUUUCUACAUCGUCUCUGGUGGCAUUAUGUUAAUAUUGGCUCUCCUUGGGAAAGGUCGUUCAGGAUCAUAUUGGAUCCACACCCUAUUUGCAUUUCUCUUCAUUCUCGAAUUGUCCCUAAUCCUUUCUCCAUCAAUACAUGCGCCCCCCAUUCUCGCCCGUUUAUUCAUCCCCUCCUUCUUGCUUCAAAAACCACAAUUCAUUCAAAUAUCGCUUCUCCAUCGACUCUUCGCUUCUCUAUCCGUCAGCCUACCCCAACUGCUGAGUGUUUGGAACACAGAUGAGGAUGAAGCAUCCAAAGCAAGGAAGGAAGAUGAAGGCUGGAGAGUCGUUGUAGGAUUGUUGAAAAAUCUCAAUGAAGAAGCCGUGAAUGAAUUUCAUGCCGAAGUCAUGCCGCUCUUGUCCACAGGUGAUCAAAAUGCUACGAUGGCCUUGAUUAAGAACGCAAUGGAAAAUGUGAUGGUGGAUCGGGCACUUGUAUCCCAUCCUCGCAUACAUGAAACAUAUCGAGCUGCUCGUUUGAGAGCUAGUCACAGCACUCCAUCCAAAAUACCGUUGAGCUUUCCAGCAAAACGUGCUCCUUCAUCGAUAUCAUCACAAAAUCCUUCUAGAGAGCUUUCGACAGCGGGCGGAUGUACACCGUCCUCGUCCGUUAAGGAUGUUUUUGCUGAGCAGUUACUUAUGGCGGUGGACACUCCUUUGCCGCCUAGUCCACCGCCAACACCUCGAUCAGGUCCUUGGCGUCUGGAAUAGGUUUUGACGCGCUUGAGGAUAGUUCUGUGUAUCAUGCAUGGUGUUUGUAUCAUGGUCUAUUGGCAACAAAACGGUAACAAUUAAUGAUCUAUACGAUUCAUCC